UGGCGCCGCAGAACACCUUCCUGGACACCAUCGCCACCCGCUUCGAUGGCACACACAGCAACUUCAUCCUGGCCAACGCGCAGGUCCGCCGCGGCUUCCCCAUCGUCUACUGCUCCGACGGCUUCUGCGACCUCACCGGCUUCGCGCGCACCGAGGUCAUGCAGAAGAACUGCAGCUGCCGCUUCCUCUACGGGGCCGAGACCAGCGAGCCCGUCCUGCAGCGCAUCGAGAAGGUGCUGGAUGGCAAGCAGGAGUACCAGACUGAGGUCUGCUUCUACAAGAAAGGUGGAGCUGCGUUCUGGUGCCUGCUGGACAUCAUGCCCAUCAAGAAUGAGAAGGGGGAGGUGGUACUUUUCCUUUUCUCCUUCAAGGACAUCACAGAGAGCCGGGGCAGGAGCCAUGUGGGUGACAAGAAGGAGGAGAAGCAGAGGAGCAAGAAGCCCGGGAGAUCACGCCUGUGGGCAGCGCAGAGGCAGGGCCGGACAGUGCUGCACCAGCUCAGCAGCCAGUUUGCCCGGCGGGACCGCAGCGAGAUGAAAAUCAACCGUAACGUGUUUGAGAACAAGCCAUCCAUCCCUGAGUACAAAGUGGCCUCGGUGCAGAAAUCCCGCUUCAUCCUGCUCCACUAUAGCAUCUUCAAGGCCCUCUGGGACUGGCUUAUUCUGCUGGCCACCUUCUACGUGGCCGUCACUGUCCCCUACAACGUCUGCUUCACAGGCACAGAGGACAGCCUCUCAGCCGCCCGCAGCACCAUCGUCAGUGACAUUGCCGUGGAGAUGCUCUUCAUCCUGGACAUUAUCCUGAAUUUCCGGACAACAUACGUGAGCCAGUCGGGGCAGGUGGUGUACGAACCCCGCUCCAUCUGCAUCCAUUACGUGGCCACCUGGUUCUUCGUGGAUCUGAUUGCUGCUCUGCCCUUCGAUCUGCUCUACGUCUUCAACGUGACUGUGACCUCGCUGGUUCACCUGCUGAAGACGGUGCGGCUGCUGCGGCUGCUGCGGCUGCUGCAGAAGCUGGACCGGUACUCGCAGUACAGCGCCAUGGUGCUCACCCUGCUCAUGUCCAUGUUUGCCCUGCUGGCCCACUGGAUGGCCUGCAUCUGGUACAUCAUUGGCCGCAACGAGCUGGAGAGCAACGACCCCCAGACCUGGGACAUCGGCUGGCUGCACGAGCUGGGCAAGAGGCUGGAGGCUCCCUACAUCAACAACUCGGUGGGGGGCCCCUCCAUCCGCAGCGCCUACAUCGCCUCCCUCUACUUCACCCUCAGCAGCCUGACCAGCGUGGGCUUUGGCAACGUCUGUGCCAACACUGAUGCCGAGAAGAUCUUCUCCAUCUGCACCAUGCUCAUUGGGGCACUGAUGCACGCCGUCGUCUUUGGCAACGUCACGGCCAUCAUCCAGCGCAUGUACUCACGCCGCUCGCUCUACCACACCCGCAUGAAGGACCUCAAGGACUUCAUCCGUGUCCACCGCCUGCCCCAGCAGCUCAAGCAGCGGCUGCUCGAGUACUUCCAGACCACCUGGUCUGUGAACAACGGCAUCGAUGCCAACGAGCUGCUGCACGACUUCCCCGAUGAGCUGCGCGCCGAUGUGGCCAUGCACCUCAACAAGGACAUCCUGCAGCUGCCUGUCUUCGAGACGGCCAGCCGGGGCUGCCUGCGCUCCCUCUCACUCCACAUCAAGACCUCGUUCUGCGCCCCGGGGGAGUACCUGCUGCGCCAGGGCGACGCGCUGCAGGCCAACUACUUUGUCUGCUCCGGCUCCCUCGAGGUGCUGAAGGAUGAUGUGGUUCUGGCCAUCCUGGGCAAAGGGGAUUUGAUCGGGGCUGACCUGUGCAGCACGGACCAAGUGAUCAAGACCAACGCAGACGUGAAGGCCCUGACGUACUGUGACCUGCAGCACAUCGGGCUGCGCGGGCUCUGCGAGGUGCUGCAGCUCUACCCUGAGUACGCCAGAAAGUUCACAGCUGACAUCCACCAGGACCUGACCUUCAACCUGCGGCAGGGCAGCGAGAUGGAGGGGCUCUGCCGAUACUCCCGGUCCCCGCGGCUGUCGCAGGCUCCUCAGCCACGUCCAGAGAGCGGUGCUGGCCCGGAAAAGCCCCUUCCCUCCAUCGUGGAGGAUGACGAGGAGCCUGAUGAGGUCUUCCAGCCAUCACCAGCCACCAUCACCCACCGCAAGCUGCUGCUGCCCCAGCUGAGCAGCCCCGCGCGCCACGGCUCCCUGAGCAGCCUCCUGGGUGACGAGCUGUGCCAGAUCUCAGCUCUGCGGCGCAACUGCCACUCCCCAGCCCGCUGCAGCCGGGGCCGCAGCCCCUCCCCGCGGUGCCGCAGGGACACCCGCCUCCCCGAGCGCGAGGGGGCUGCGGGCACGAGGCCGGCCAAGCUCCUCAUCCCCUCCCUGCACGCCUGCGGCCCCCCGGACCUCAGCCCCAGAGUCGUGGAUGGGAUUGAAGACAAUGAGGGGACAUCGGAGCCACAAGCCUUCUCCUUCAACGUGGACCCUCUGCUGCAGAGCGCAGCCAGGGAUGCCCCAACGUCAGGGAAUGAUGUGGGCAGCCCAGCCCUGGCGAUGGAGGCGGAAGAGAUAAAGCAGAACAUCAGGAGGCUCAACCAGGAGAUCAACCACCUCAACCAGGAGGUUUCCCACCUCAGCCGGGAGCUGCAGCGCAUGAUGGAGCUGCUCCAGGGCCGCCUGGCUGCCCCGCAGCCCCCCGCCUGCCCCUUCCACCUGCCCCCCACAGCCUCGCCACCCCCCCGGCCCCCGCCGCCCUCAGCCACGGUGCCCCCCUCACCCCCACCCCUGCCCCCCAGCUCCUACAGCUCCCCCUCCGCCAGCCCCCGGCCCAAGUGCUGCCCCGUCCGCAGCCACUCGGCCCACGCCGGACCCACCGUGCCCCCCUGGGUGGGCGCUGAGGGGCUGUGCCCACCGCGGGGGGACACCCCCAGCCCUUGGGCCCGCCAGCCCCCCUCGCUGCCGCCGCGCUCUGCCCGCUCCUUCCCCGGCUGCUCGGCCAGCGCGCGGCCCCGCGCGCACCCGCAGCACCGCUCGGGCUCCGCCAGCUCCCACUGA